UAAUGGAUUAUCAGAAAUUAUUUAAUGUCAUUCCAAAAGAACCAAGGAGAUGGACUCAAUGUGAUGUUGAAUCCUGGUUGGAGUUCAUUGGAUUACAAGAUUUAUCAGAUGUUUUUUGUAUUGAUUGAUAAUUCAAAUUUAUAGAAAGAAAUGCUAUUGAUGGUGCUUGUUUGGAAGUGUUAAAUGAUGACGAUUUGAAUGAAUUGGGUAUCAACUCUAAUGUUAAAAAGAAGAAGAUUUUACAAUGGAUUCAAAACGGAUUCAUAGAAUAUAAAUAGUUUGUUAGAGACAAUGUAGGUUAGAGCGAAUGGUCUAUUGCAAGCAAAUAGAUAAUAAAUAAAGAAAAUCUCGAUUAUACUCCUAUUCAAAGAUUGAAUGAUUUCAAACCAAGAAGAGAUAGUUUUUAAGAUAAUCAUAAAGUUGAAUUGAUAGAAUCAAUGAAAGUAGUUGAAGCACCUUAAAUUUUACAAUAACCAAAAUAAAAUCUGGAAGCUACUAAAAUUCCAUCUUAUCCAAAUUCUAUAAAGUAGAUUGAAUCUAGACACAUCAUUGAAAUAGUUUGCAUUGGUGAUAAUUAAAAAAUCUGUGUGACAGAAAAAGGACUUAGUAUAGGAAGAAACCCAGACAAUACUCUGAUUUUGAGUGAAGAUUACGUGAGUAGAAAUCAUUGUCUGAUUGAAUUUGAUUAGAAAACAAAGAAUUUUUAUUUGAAGGACACUGGAAGUACUUCUGGAACAUUUGUAUUGUUGAUGCAACCAUCGUUAAUGAGAUUGGGGUUGAUAUUACAUAUGGGAAGCAUGCAAUACAAAUUAGAGCAGAUGAAUUGUAAUAAUCAAUAAUGUGAUGUGGUAUUGAGAGUUGCGGAAGGGUUGCAGAAAAAUCAAAAAUUUUCAUUCUAAUUAAUUAAGAAUCAGAAUUGUCUGAAAUUUGGUAGAUAGUUAGAUCAAUUUAGGAUGGAUACAGUAAAUAUUAUUUAUAAAUAUAUAGCAUUUGUCUGGGAUUCAUGCUCAAUUUAGUUACACAGAUGAUGGGUUGAUUUUGGAAGAUAUGGGGAGUAGAAAUGGAGUAUGGGUGAGAUUGAGUGAAUAAGGGUAGUGUAGUGAAAGAGUGAAGUUGAGUUAGGAUAGACAAUUUAGACUUGGGUAUGAAAAAAUAUAUUUGUGUAAUAUAAAUAAUAUUAAAUGAAUAAUAAUUAAGCCAAUUCAGCAAUAUCUAUCAAAUUAGUCAUUGUGGGUGAUGGUAGUGUUGGGAAGACCUGCAUUUUGAUUAGGUAAGCUUUCUGAUGUAAAAUAUAGAUACACACAAGAUAAAUUUCCAACAGAUUAUGUUCCAACAAUAUUUGAGAAUUAUUGUACAUAAAUUGCCUACGAGAACAAAAUGGUAAAUCUCAACUUAUGGUAAUUAAUUACAUUUAUUUCAAAAAAAGGGAUACAGCUGGACAAGAAGAAUACAAAUAAUUGAGGUCUAUCAGUUAUCCAUAAAGUGAUGUUUUUGUAAUUACAUUUUCAGUAGAUGAACCAAGUUCAUUUUAAAAUGCUGUCAAAAAAGUAAUUAGAUUACAUGAAUAAAUUAGUGGUAUCCUGAAUUGUAGGCUGAACAACCUAAUGUGCCUAAGAUUUUUGUAGGAAAUAAAAUCGAUGUAAGACCAACAGAAAAUGCAGAUGAGAAUAAAUUUGUGACCUUUAAUAUAGCUUAGAAAGUUGUUUCUGACUUGGGAUGUAAGUACAUUGAAUGCAGUGCACUAAAUGGAACUAAUUUAAAAUAAAUUUUCUUAGAAGCAAUUAGAUAAGCAAUAAAAAAGAAAUUCCCUCCCUAACAACCUUAAGCUUCAUAACCAACUAAGAAUCAAUCAGGAGCUCAAAGAAAGAACAAUUCUAGUGACAAUGAUGAUGCCAGUGGCAAAUGCGCAAUUUAGUGAUUUUAUCAAGUAGCAC